UCUAGAAGUGCCUUAGUCAUUUGCAGUUUAAAUAUAUUUUUAGUUUAAUAUCUUAACAUUAGUCGGCUUGUAACGUUUUUGAGCUUAAAUAAAUUAUAUUAAAAUGCAGGAUCCCAAUGAAGAUACCGAGUGGAACGAUGUGCUGCGCGCCAAAGGCAUUAUCGGUCCCAAACAAAAGGAGGCCGAGAUUACAGAGGAUCAAAUCCAGGCGCUUAUGGAUGAUGCUAUUAAACGCAAGACGGCGUUGGAAAGUGAGCGUAAGCCAAUAGACGAUAUGGACCUCGAUGAGCUGGACGAGCUUGAGGAUUCUGAGGAUGAGGCAGUGCUAGAGCAGUAUAGGCAACGGAGAAUAGCCGAAAUGCGCGCUGUAGCCGAGAAGUCAAAGUUCGGUAGCGUGAUUGAAAUCUCCGGACAAGAUUAUGUGAACGAAGUGACCAAAGCAGGCGAAGGCAUCUGGGUGGUGUUGCAUCUGUAUGCGAAUGGUGUACCAUUAUGCGCGCUCCUACACCAUCACAUGCAACAGUUGGCUGUUCGUUUUCCGCAAACGAAGUUUGUGCGCUCCGUUGCCACCACCUGCAUACCAAAUUUCCCUGAAAAGAAUUUACCCACCAUAUUUAUUUACCAUGAGGGCGCGCUUCGCAAGCAGUUCAUUGGUCCGUUGGAGCUGCGUGGGGAGAAACUGACGUUGGAUGAGUUGGAGUUUAUGCUGGGACAGGCGGGUGCAGUGCCCACGGAAAUCAAAGAGGAUCCCAGGCCACAAAUCCGAGAUAAAUUGCUGGCCGAUUUAGAAGACAAGAGCUCAGAAUUCUUCUGAGUUGCGGCGACAACAGCACCUCAAAAUCAUGUGCAGUAUAAUUUAAGCUUUCUUUUUUUUUUGUUUCAUGCAUUUCUACAGAAUAAACACAGUUCACA